AUGACCGUACCUAGGAGUUUAAAUGGUGUGUAUGCUACUCUUUUUUUUUCGUUACUACACCCUCUUACGAACAGGGCUUACCUACGGGGUUUCGCACAAAUUUUCUUGGUCCCGCUGUUUGAGCGAGGUCACAAGGGAAUCCCGAAGGUGAAUGAGGUGGUUCAAAAUUGA